ACAUUCCUUCUCCGGCCCAUCCUGUAUCUGUAUACUCCAAGGAUACUGUGCUGGUGACGAUCUAGCCGCCCUCGGUUUUGCGAGCAUGCUUGGCUUGAUUGGUUCAACUGGUUGACAAAUAUCUAGUUAGUGGAAAACAGGACAGCCCGAGAACAAGGGGCAUCUGAAGUCGGGCACAGGCUCCGGCUUCGACUUACAUCCUCGUAAGCAAGACUGUUGGACCGAGAGAUCUUCAAAAGGAGCUAGACUUCUCGAGAGUGAGAGAAUGGAACAUACAACAUCGCACUCUCCCAAAUCCCACACGACAAACUCAUCACCGGCCUCGACCACGGUGACAACGCCUGACCAAUCCCCAGGCGCGGAUGAGGAUAUUUGGGAUACAUCGUCUGACCAUGAUCAGCUUGGUCUCAUUCAUUCUGAACAAAGCGAAGAGGCUGGUGGAUUGGUAGUUCCCACGGGAGAGCGAAGGCGAGGACGAGGCGAGAUACUAAGCGACCUACCUCAACUUCGGAGGCAGCAUAUGACGGAUGGGUACCGUGAAGGUCUAGCCGUGGGGAAAGCGAGUGUCAUGCAAGACGGGUUUGACGCCGGGUAUCCGUUCGGUGUCCAGAUCGGAUUGAGGGUCGGUGUGGUGCUGGGUGUGCUUGAGGGGAUUGUGGAGGGGCUGAGAAAGUCACCUCCCACGACUACUACGACUCCUGCUUCCUCGUCGUCGAUCUCGUCUUCGUCGGCCGGGCUGAGGAGGAGUGCGUCUGCGUCCGCGUCCGCGUCCGCGGGGACUCAAACUACUACUACGACAACGGCAAACACCACCACCGCUUCGAAGAAGAAUAUUGCUGCUGUGGAAGGUGGAAGCAGCAGCGGCCGCGCCACCGAUGCGAGUUGCACUGAUGAUGCGACUGGCAAGGCUGCUGUACCCGACAUCAAGUUCGUGGAGCAACUGUACGAGCAAGCCAAGCGGCAACUGAAGAUUUCGGAACUGCUAAGGGGCUUGGACGAUGAGAUGGUCGAUCGGAUGGGGCGUGUCAAUUCCCCAAACGAUCCAGGCACCAUCCUGACAGGUGAACGACCAGGAACGAACGACGAGAACACUCAGGGUCUUCUCCCAAGCGCGAUCGAAGAGAUCGUUGCACGGUGGGAGGACACGGUGUUGGGAAGUCUAGCCGCGAGAACCGCUCAGGCGGAGAUGGCUAGUCAUGUUAGUGGCCAGCACACUGACACGCAGAGAACUUCGUGAUAACAAAACGGGCGCACUGAAAUCAGAACGACCGAUGAAUGAAAUCCAAUCCGUUGUUGAGGGUGGGAGUGGGCCAAAAGAACGCAACCUUCGUGGCGGCAAGGCUGGAUAGUAUUCUGUCCUACAUCUAUACAUUACAGCAACCUUCACUCUUCGCCACUCACACCGCCUUACAGUCUACCGCACCAAAACUAACUCGACAGGUCAUAUUUAAAGGUCAGCCAACCUUCCUCUGAAUCGGCCGAUGGUAGAGGCCUCGUGUCGCACUCUGUUAGAUUUACCUAGGUGGUCUAGCGGUAUGUGUCCGGGAUUGCCCCUCGAAGGUAGGCCAGUUUUGGUUGGCGGGCGGGGCCUCGUCUUCUACGACAGAGAAGGGAAUCCGGGGUAGAGCAGCAGGUGUGAGCAGACACCUUGGCCCGUUGACUUUUUGCUCCCUCUGAUUCUUCAUCUUUUGGCGGGUGGGAGAGGAUUUUAGAUCGACUUCUGUGGGUCGAGUUCGGUAUCGUGCGGCAGAAUGGAGGUUUGUAGACCAUCCGGUGUCUGUUUGGCGGACAGAUCGGGUGCGAAACCAUCGAUACGCAAUAGGGGCUCAGAACACUCGCUCACUAAAAGGCUCUAUUAACCUGCUUCACACCGUGCCAUGUUCGACGAGCCUCGGGCUAGGAUUACAGCCAACAGAACACUGUCGAGGGCACGGCUGACAAAUUACAUCAGAGCAGAGGAAAUACCCGGUGGAAUGAGGGUGAUUAAGCAGUCAGUCACUGCCAACUCAUCUUCUCAUGAAUGAAG